UAUACUGAUUUCUUCGUCAAAUUUCAUGGCUGGUAUGAUAGCCCGGGAUGGAUACAUAUUGCGAUGGAGUAUUGCCAACUUGGAGACUUGCAGUGCUAUCUUAAGAAUGCACAGCUAUGUCCAGACAGCCGUUUGCCAGGAGGGCAGGUCCAGGACAUUGCUGCCCAGAUCCUCGAUGCGUUAUCUCUUAUGCAUGGCGAAAACUUUGCUCAUAGAGAUCUCAAACCAGCGAAUAUCCUCAUCAAGAAACAGCCCCCUGACCAGUGGUGGGUCAAGCUUUGCGAUCUCGGGCUCAGUAAGCGAAUUGGUGAUAGAGCUUCCACCGCAAUCCAAGGCACCACGGGCUUCAUCCCUCCAGAGCUUUUGGGCUACAGCGGAGAUCCCAAAACAGAAGAUCCCUGUCUCGGAGAUAUGUGGUGCUUAGGGGAACUUGUCUUCCAAACCCUAACUGGCCAAGCAACCUUCGACAGUGUCGCUGAGCUUGGGAAGUACUGCAGUGGUAUGGAACCAUUUCCGUACCAGGCCCUGAGAGAACGCAAUGAAAGUGAAGCGGUCAUCGAAUUUGUGAAAUCCACAAUGCAUUCCAAACUGUCAGAGAGGCUCUGA